AUGCAGCCCCAAAGCAACAGCUACAGGCAUGCCAAGUUGCCUCCAGGAUACAUCCGUGUGCUCGAGCUGCAGCCUUCGGUUUCCAUCGAUGAAGCAUUGGUAUGCCGGCUGAGAGCUCAAACAAUCACAGAUGUGCCCUAUGAGGCUGUAUCGUACGUAUGGGGCAAGACAGCAGUCUAUCACACCACAAUCUGGUGCGCAGAUGAGGGGGAUACCGAGACAGGCGCCGGCAUGCUGCGUAUUGGUGCAAACUUGGCCAGGGCUCUUCUCGCCUAUCGCUGCCUCGAUGAACCUAGGCGGAUCUGGGUCGAUGCCAUCUGCAUACAGCAAGAUGAUUUGGAUGAACGCCUAGCCCAAGUCCGCAUGAUGGGCGAUAUCUUUCGCAAUGCGACCCAGGUACUAUGCUGGCUAGGUGCCUUCCAGGACCCAGCGAUAGACGAAUGUCUGGCGCUCACCGCAAUACACUUUCUACGAGAGUUCAAUAGAGAUCAGGGUAGCCACUUGCAGCAAAUCCAGGCCGCCAUACACAAAGGAACCUUGAAUAAUGGAGGGCAAGCUCUACAGGGAAGCGAUGACGAGCAGAUACUCUUCGAAACUUGGCGUGCCGUCAAAGUCUUCUUCGACUGCGAGUACUUUCAUCGGGCGUGGAUCAUCCAGGAGAUUGGCCUUGCUCGUCGCGCCUGGCUCUCUUGGGGCCGCAGCGAUUUGUGCAUCGACUGGGCCGAGGUGGCUCGUUUUGUCCUAUUCCUCGACGACAACGGCGCCUCCGUCAUCAACGAGCUCGGCCUCAAGUCCUGGGUCUGCAACCACAUCAACCUGGUGUGGUCCAACAAGGCCGACGGCACGCCGCUCUACGACUUCUCCGAAGUACUACACUGGGCGCGCGUCCACUUGUCGACCGACCCCCGCGACUACGUCUACUCGCUGCUCGGCCACCCGAGCGCGGUCGUAGAUGGGCAGCUGCUCAUCGAGCCAGUAUACAGCAUCGUCACGUCCCAGGUAUACACAGACCUCGUCAUAAACAUCAUCUUGCGGACACGCAGCCUACACAUACUCGCCUUCGUCGACCACGACUACAAGCCGAACCCAAUGGGCCUGCCAACUUGGGUGCCAGACUGGCACGCCUUGAAUCUCGUUGCGCCGCUCCGAUGUCCCACGCGCGCCGCUCCGUCGGAGUACCAAAACGUAACCAUAGACAAACACAUGCCCAAGCCCCGUCUGCGCUGCCGAGGAACCUUGAUCAGCACCAUACGCGCAUUCUCAGACAUGAUUGACCCCAAAGAGCUCGCCAUCACCGACUACGACGCCGAGACGAAGAAGAAGCUCCCGUUCCUGCUCGACCACAUCUACUUGCAGCUCGUCCUCGCCCACCCUUCCGAGACGCGGCCCCGCGCAGACGCCUUCAUCUCCGCCCUGAGCCUCGUCCUCACCGGCGGCUUCCGCGGCACCGCGCGGUCCCUUCUUCGGCAGCCUCUCGGCGAAGGAGGCGGAGCCGGUACGCGCGCUGGCCGCGGCGGGCUGCGCGACGCAGAUGGUGCAGGACAUGACGUGGACGUCCAUGUGUCGGCGGGUGUUCAUCACCAAGGACGGACAGCUCGGACUCGGGCCGCGCAUAGUGGCGGCCGGCGACGUGGUGGCCGUCCUCCCGGGCUCCAGGUACCCGCUCGUGCUUCGGCGGGCGGGCGACACCGAGUAUGA